AUGUCAGAUUCUAUUAAUGCUGACCCCUUCAACUUCUUUCUAACUGCAGCUGGAAAUGAUCAAGUGAAGCAGGUUUCUAAUAUGGACAGGGAACUAUAUUUUCGCAGUCAACAUUCCAGCAUGAUUAAUGGAUUACAGGGUUGUUACGCAGCAUAUGGGCCAGUUGUUAGGCUUGCAAAACGGUGGGUUGCAUCGCAUCUGUUUUCUGCUUGCUUGGUGGAGGAGGCAAUUGAGCUAUUGGUUGCAUACAUUUUUUUGAAGCCUUUACCAUUUAACGCUCCUUCCUCACGAAUCACUGGAUUUUUACGGUUCCUGCGAUUAUUAGUGGAUUAUGACUGGACCUUUUCUGCAUUAGUUGUUGACAUAAAUAAUGAUUUGACUCCAAAUGAUGAGAAAGAGAUAAGUGAUAACUUUAUGUCAAGUAGAAAAACUUAUGAAGAAAAUGUGCAAAGCGUAAAUCCAGCAAUGUUCUUAGCUACAGCUUAUGACAAGGCAUCCGAAGCUUGGACCAGAUUCUCACCAAACUCAAUGGAGUUAAAAAGGUUGAUGGCCUAUGCUGGUAGCAGUGCAAACUUUUUGACCAAACUGAUAUCAGAGGAUCAUAAUGAUUCUUAUAGAUGGGAGUGCCUUUUUAAAACUCCUUUGAACAAUUACGAUGCUGUGAUUCUUCUCCACGGAGAUAAAUUACCUUACCCCCAACGUCUUCUCUUCUCAUCCGAAUUAAAUCAAGGGGUGCAUGUGGCACGUGGGAAUGCGAGCAAGGUUUUUCACCCCUUUCUUUUGGCUGGUGAUCUGAAUGGAAACUCAGAGGACCUAAGGAAUAAGCUAUUGAAAGAGUACUCCAACACCUUCAAGCUAUGGUAUGAUUCUCUGGGUGGUGAUGCUGUUGGCAUAACGUGGGGGAGAUAUAGUUCAAAGAAACGGGGGCGGGAAGAAGAAGCUGAGGAAGUAAAAGAUCCAACUGAUGUAUUAAAAGAUGUCGGUAAAGUUGGAAAAGGGUUUGUGAGGGGCAUUUAUCUUCUCAAAGCCCCAAGGCUCAUGGGUUAA